AUGCUGACUUCGAAGGGAGGCGACAUGUCUCUCCCGGACUCUGCCACAGGCAUCUGUGCGUCAGGGGAAAAGAUCUACUCAUUUUCUUCGCGUUCUUCUUUAAAUUUCUUUCGUGAGUUUCCCUCUCUAAUUCUAUCGACUCGGAGUUUGAAGUCAUUGAGGAUUUCAAGACCCUCAUUUGUGCGGGCCUCAACACUCGUUGCAGCAGCUUUGGGGGCAUUGGGUCUACUUGUAGCAAACGUUGCGGCAACAAGUCAGGCUCUACCCCCCAAUUCUACAGCAGAGACUAGAUCAGUGGCGUGGAGCAGUGUUGCUGAGGAACAGUGGUUUGGUGAGGGCCCUCUAGGGGGUCAAGCGAAUGGCGAUGUAGAUCUUCCCACUCUUCCUGAAUCUGCUGUGACAGGCGUACGGUCUUCAGCUGCUGACUUUGCCUUCCCCCUUCCAGAGAAACCCAAUGACGUCCUGAGCUCAAUCAAUCUAGGAGCAAGUGAAGAAGUUCCCUAUGGAACAAAUCCCCCAGCGCCAUGCCCUGUAGACAACCAAACUGGGACUGGGCGGCAAGACUCACGGCCCGCUCUUAGCCUACUUGUACUGUUGUUUCUGUUCGCCUUGGGGCUGCCAUCAAUCCACUUUCUGAGAGUCUCAUCGGGUCAGGAGAAGACAGGAGGAGGGCGUUUUCAGCCCCGAGAUCAGCAACAAAAGGAAGACGAGAAGGAGCAGAGCACACCGUCGCCGUCGGAGUCGCAAGAAGACGAGCAGAAGCUGCACGAGAUUCACGAGAAGGAACCUUUUACGGUUGGGGUGCAUCAACUGGAUGAGUUGGCGAGGCUGCGGCCUCUGGCAGCACACCUGGCGAAGACGGUUGGAACCGAGGAGUCGUUGAGUGCCCUUGAGGACUUCGAAAAGACAGUAGAGAACUGCAAGCUGGUUCAGCAGCAGAUUUUGCAAGGUUCUAUGGACUCCGAUCCGUCGUACAGCAUUGUACUUGCAGAUGCCGUCUCUGAUGGCCUCAAUGCGCUAUCUGAGCUUUAUGAACAGGCUCGAGAACACGGAAUCUCUGUGGCGCAGACUACACGAAGUAUCAAGUGCCCCCCUGUCUUUUCAAAGCAAGAACUGCAUACCUUGGCAGGUUGCAUUUCUUCAUCAACCACGGGCUUGAUGGACUUUUACUUCGCUGACUUCGGCUCCUCUUUCCAACUGCUCUUGAGGACAGUUGAAACGGUGCAGAAAAGGCUUGAGAGCCUACGAGGGGUUGAGGGGGUGAAUGACUGGCAUGUGGUAGCUGCAGUUGCUGCAGGUGUAGAGUUUAUCAAGCAAGCCCAUGAGUCUGCAGAAAUACAAGCGAAGUCUUUUGAUAUUGUGAAACGGAGUGCAGAUGCUAUGAUCCUGCUGCACUACUUGCGGCAGCAAACGUCCAUACAACGCAAAUUUCGAGAAGAUAUAGCGGAACAUCGAGUGCUGUGCAAUUUAGAGAAAUGGAGGAAUCUGUCUGCUCCCCAGCAAGACACUACCUUCCCCAUGACCGUUGCGGAAGUGGAAAAGCAGUUAGAUGAAGCGGAGAGAUUACUGGAGAAACACCAGCAGGAAAUCGACAAUAUGGAGAAGGAAGAUAACAUUUUCUCUGCGCAGAGUGCGAAGAUGCAAGCAGAAAUGUUGGCAUCAGAAGUGAAGAACGUGUUGGAGGCAGUGUCGAUCCAUACGGAUUCGUUGCCCGGCAUAGGCACGGCCGGAGAUGAUCCUGAAGUUCGCCAACUCAUGCAGCAGCUGGCCGCAAGGGCCAAACAGGCAGCCUUUAGAGCCGCCAAGAGAGUGGAAAUCAUCCAACGGGAGAUGAAGGUGCGGAUGCCGCUCGGUAGUGAUGAUGGACCAAAGCCAGUUAGCCCUUUUGCAAGAGAAGCGCUCAAGAUAGAGUUUCGCAAGGUAGCAGGCAACGUACAGAACGCUGCUCAACAGGCUGCCAGUGCGGCAGCAAAGGUUGCCAAGGACGAGGUCAGCUCAGCAGCCGCUCUAUCGGAACUGGUAGCAACAGCAAGAGCGGCCGCUUUGCUAGCAGAAACCCACAGCGCCGAAGCGGAGCUACUGGGGCUGGAGAUGCAACUUCUAGACUCUAUGGAACUCGACAUGCGCCUGAGCCUCCAAUGGGCACGAAGAGCAGCAGCAGCUGUAGGAGUGGAAGCACAAGUAAAAGAGUCACCGAAACACUGGCGUCUUAGCCUGUCUGCCGAGCGAACCAAGAAGUUCCAGUCCCUUUUAGGGCAAGUGAACGACGCUAAGAAAAACGCGCAUUUCAGAAGCAGGUUGGAGGACCUGGCAGUCGCAGCAGGAGUAAUGAGGGAGGCUUCACUUGGACUCACUUCGAUUGUCCAGGGACAAGACGGGACAAACCUGAACCCCAAAUUUUGGGUAUGA